CGGUGUCCCUGUAGGGCCGCCCCGAUGCUGCGCUUUCCGACCUGUUUCCCAUCCUUCCGGGUGGUGGGCGAGAAGCAGCUGCCGCAGGAGAUCAUUUUCCUGGUCUGGUCUCCCAAGCGGGACCUCAUCGCUUUAGCCAACACAGCUGGCGAGGUUUUACUUCAUCGACUUGCAAGUUUUCACCGGGUUUGGAGUUUCCCACCCAAUGAAAAUACAGGAAAGGAAGUGACCUGUCUGGCGUGGCGACCGGAUGGCAAACUUUUGGCCUUUGCUCUUGCUGACACCAAGAAGAUCGUUCUGUGUGACGUGGAGAAGCCAGAAAGCCUGCACUCCUUCUCCGUGGAGGCCCCCGUCUCCUGUAUGCACUGGAUGGAAGUGACCAUAGAAAGCAGUGUUUUAACCUCCUUUUAUAAUGCUGAGGAUGAAUCAAAUCUUCUAUUACCUAAACUCCCUACGUUGCCAAAAAAUUAUAGCAACACCUCAAAAAUAUUUAGUGAAGAAAAUUCUGAGGAAAUUAUUAAGCUCUUAGGAGAUGUCAGGCUUAAUAUCCUUGUCCUCGGCGGGAGCUCUGGAUUUAUUGAACUUUAUGCUUAUGGAAUGUUCAAAAUCGCUCGAGUCACUGGCAUUGUUGGUACUUGCCUGGCAUUAUGUUUGUCAAGUGAUUUGAAAUCCUUAUCGGUGGUCACAGAGGUUUCUGCAGAUGGUGCUUCAGAGGUUUCAUACUUUCAGCUCGAAACCAAUCUCCUGUACUCGUUCUUACCGGAAGUAACUCGGAUGGCGAGAAAGUUUACUCACAUUUCCGCUCUUUUGCAGUAUAUAAAUUUGUCGCUGACAUGCAUGUGUGAGGCGUGGGAAGAAAUACUGAUGCAGAUGGAUUCGCGUCUCACCACGUUUGUGCAGGAAAAGAACACAACUACGUCAGUGCAGGACGAAUUUAUGCACCUGCUGCUCUGGGGGAAAGCCAGUGCCGAACUUCAGACCCUCUUAAUGAACCAGUUAACUGUAAAGGGCUUGAAAAAGCUUGGUCAGUCUAUUGAGUCGUCCUAUUCCAGUAUACAGAAGUUGGUGAUAAGUCAUCUACAGAGUGGCUCGGAGUCGUUAUUGUACCAUUUGAGUGAACUGAAAGGAAUGGCUUUGUGGAAGCAGAAGUACCGGCCUCUUGGACUGGACGCUGCAGGAAUUGAAGAUGCUAUUACUGCUUUGGGUUCUUUCAUACUCAAGGCGAAUGAACUUCUUCAAGUUAUAGAUAGUAGUAUGAAAAACUUCAAAGCAUUUUUCCGGUGGCUGUAUGUGG